ACCCGCCCCCACUUCCGCCCCUUGUUGCCAUAGUAACGUGUCAACAUCUCACCGGACCGUCUUUCCACCAUAGACCCGGACCUAACCGAGCCGGAUAUGGGCAGACCCAAGUUCUUCACUCCCUCCGAGGUGGCGGCUCACAACAGCGCAGCCGACCUCUGGGUGUCUUUUCUGGGCAAAGUGUUCGACCUGAGCCCGCUGAUGGACCGGCACGGAGGAGACGUUCUGAUGCUGCCCAUCAUGGAGGCUGCUGGGAAGGACAUCAGCCACUGGUUUGACCCCGAAACCAAAGACAUCCAGACCUAUGUGGACCCCCAGACCUGCUGUCUGAGGUACUACACCCCCAGGGGGCGCUUCCUCCACGUUCCCCCCACCGGCCCUCGCUCCGACUGGGCCAACGACUUCGGGGAGCCCUGGUGGAAGGACCAGAGCUACCAGGUGGGACGGCUGUCCUCCAAGACCAGGUGGAUCCGGAUCAUCAACAUGCUGACGUCCCAGGAGCAGCGACUGGAGGUGUAUCAUGUCAUGUUGUAUCGUGUCAUGUUGUAUCGUGUCAUGUUGUAUCGUGUCAUGUUGUAUCGUGUCAUGUUGUAUCAUUUCAUGUUGUAUCGUGUCAUGUUGUAUCGUGUCAUGUUGUAUCGUGUCAUGUUGUAUCGUGUCAUGUUGUAUCAUUUCAUGUUGUAUCAUUUCAUGUUGUAUCGUGUCAUGUUGUAUCAUUUCAUGUUGUAUCAUUUCAUGUUGUAUCGUGUCAUGUAUCAUGUCAUGUUGUAUUAUUUCAUGUUGUAUCGUGUCAUGUUGUAUUAUUUCAUGUUGUAUCAUGUCAUGUUUUAUCAUGUCAUGUCAUAUCAUGUAUCAUGUCAUGUUUUAUCAUGUCAUGUCAUAUCAUGUCAUAUAUCAUAUCAUAUCCUGUCGUAACAUGUCAUGUUGUAUUAUGUUGUAUCAUGUCAUGUCAUAUCAUAUAACAUAUCAUGUCAUCUCAUAUCAUAUCCUGUCAUGUCAUGUCGUAUCAUGUUAUAUCAUGUCAUGUUGGA